GUGAGCAGUUCGAGUGAGUGAGGGGAGAUAGGAUUGUGUUUGGGACACCGCCGAAAAAUCACAAAGACUGAAAAGUGUGCAGCUUUGUUAUUAGUGCAGAAAAAGGCGCUGAUUUGGCUUCUGUUGAGUUUAGACACUUUUAUUCGCUGCUCUGAGAGCGCGGGGUGUUUUCGGGCUCGUUCUGGCUGAAGAAAAGAGGAGUUUUGUGGGGAAAGCUGGGUUAGUGCUGGCUUGCCUACUAGCCAAGUUUCGUGGAACUUUGCAGAGUGGGGCUGCACAGUUCUUAUUCCUCUGGUUCUUAUCUCCUACUGCAUUUUUCCAUACACUCCCACCCCCCCACAAAUCCGUACCUCCUGUUAUUCCUUUUUCCUGCGUUUUUUUUUCCACCCUUUCUCUUGAAUCAUGUGCGACAAUGGCGACCAUGAGGACAAGCCACCUGCCCCACCUGUGAGGAUGAGCAGCACAAUCUUCAGUGGCGGCGGGAAGGACCACACACUUCUGGCCAAUCACAGCUCCAAGCCCCUCCCCUCGGUGCCUGAAGAGCGAAAGCCUCGAAACAAAAUUAUCUCCAUCUUCUCAGGGGUUGAGAAAGGUGGAAGAAGGAAGGACCGGGACAGGGAGCGGCCUGAGAUCUCGCCUCCCUCAGACUUCGAGCACACUAUUCAUGUUGGCUUUGAUGCUGUCACUGGAGAGUUCACGGGAAUGCCAGAGCAGUGGGCACGAUUACUGCAGACCUCCAACAUCACCAAGUACGAACAAAAGAAGAACCCUCAAGCUGUGCUAGAUGUCCUCAAGUUCUACGAUUCCACAGGCAACGGCAGACAGAAGUACCUCAGCUUCUCCUCAGAGAAGGAUGGAUUCCCCUCAGGAGAACAUUCACCUGCCAAAAAGGGCACAGAACCACCCUCGCCAAAUGUUAAAAGCAUAGACGAUGACGAUGAUGAAGAUGACGAUGAAGAGGCUCCCCCACCUGUUGUUGCACCACGGCCGGAGCACACUAAAGGGGCAAAUACACGGUCAGUGCUGGAUCCCAUACCUCCUCCAGUCUGCACCACAGAUGGAGAUGUGGCCAGCAAGGCUGCUGACAAGCAGAAACCCAAAAAGGGCAAAAUGACUGAUGAGGAGAUCAUGGAUAAAUUAAGAACCAUAGUUAGUAUUGGAGAUCCUAAAAAGAAGUACACAAGAUAUGAGAAGAUUGGACAAGGAGCAUCAGGGACAGUGUACACAGCCAUUGAUGUGGCAACUGGACAAGAGGUGGCCAUCAAGCAGAUCAACCUGCAGAAGCAACCCAAGAAGGAGCUAAUCAUUAAUGAAAUUCUUGUAAUGAAGGAAUUGAAAAACCCCAACAUUGUGAACUUUUUAGACAGUUUUCUGGUUGGAGAGGAGCUGUUUGUGGUGAUGGAGUACUUAGCUGGUGGCUCACUGACUGAUGUAGUGACGGAGACGUGUAUGGAUGAGGCUCAGAUUGCUGCGGUUUGCCGAGAGUGUUUACAAGCGCUAGAAUUCCUUCAUGCAAACCAGGUCAUCCACCGAGACAUUAAGAGUGACAACGUUCUGUUGGGAAUGGAUGGUUCUGUCAAACUCACGGACUUUGGCUUCUGUGCUCAGAUCACACCGGAGCAAAGUAAGCGCAGCACUAUGGUGGGCACACCGUACUGGAUGGCCCCCGAAGUCGUUACACGUAAAGCUUACGGGCCCAAAGUGGACAUCUGGUCUCUAGGCAUCAUGGCUAUCGAGAUGGUGGAGGGCGAGCCUCCAUAUCUCAAUGAGAAUCCUCUGAGGGCACUUUAUCUUAUUGCCACAAAUGGAACUCCGGAGCUACAAAGUCCUGAGAAGCUGUCGCCUAUUUUCCGUGACUUUCUGGCUCGGUGUUUGGAGAUGGAUGUAGAAAAGAGAGGCAGCAGCAAAGAACUCUUGCAGCAUCCUUUCCUGAAGCUGGCGAAGCCUCUGUCCAGCCUCACACCGCUCAUUCUGGCUGCCAAGGACGCCAUGAAGAACAACCGCUAGGUCUUCCUCAGACAAGCCAUGCUGCAGAACCCAACAAACACACCGCUGAACGGACUCCGUGUACCACAGCUCUUACCACUGUGCCAACAAGCCAGACAGUAUUGCCAAAACAUUUCAACAAGCAUUUAAGACUGAGGGAACAUAAAGGUGGAUGUAUGAAGUAUUUUGUUUCUUCUAGGCCGUUGUAGCAUUUCCUACAUGGUUUUAUGCUGCACAGAACUUCAGUGUUUUUUUUUUUCUCCAUUUAUGCUCACCUGACUAUCAAAUGGAGGAGAACUGAUGCAUUUGUCACUUGAGGGGAAAAGUAUUUAAAAUGCAUUCGGGGUGUUUUUUUGUUACAUUUCUGUAGAAGGAGUCAUGACCUUCAACUGUGUCUCUACUGUGCCCUCUAAUUCUUAUUCACUCUGAUACACGUGGAGGGCACCUUUUUAAAACCAGCAUAAACAGUUUGUGCUGUGGUUCGUUAUCCGUUUUGUUUUUCAAGCAUGAACCAUUGUAUACUGGUACAAAUAGGACUGUUUCUGUUACUGUAUUUUCUAACAUCAGUGAAACCAUUCAUGAAUGGGAUGAAUUAUGUAUGUUAUAUAUUUAAAGAAGCAUGACGUCUAUUUUCACACUUUUAGACUACAUUGUUUGUGUAUGUUUGUGAAUAUGAAUACUGUUUUUUGUUUGUUUUUUUGUAGUAACUAACAUUUCUUUAUAAUAAGGUAACUGUAGCUGUUAAUAAGUGAAAAUGGCAGAACAGACAAACAUUUUCAUGUUUUGAGUCUGUCUGCAUUUUGCAACAUCAACUAAAGGUGUUUCGUAUGUCUCCAAGAGAGAUUUUGUGCAGUUUUAGCUUUUUUUUUAUUAUUAUUCUGAAUGAUCUGAAACCCAGUUCUGUGUUAAGUGCCAUAUUUACUGAAGCACACUGUUAGUCAGCAAAGCUAGUCAUCAGUAUGUCCCUCUGUAUCUGAACAUGGCUGUGUUGACUGUGGUGUUGUUUUAGCCACAAUAAUAAACCAUUUGCUCCUGGUCUAAA